AAGUUAAGAGGGAGAGAGAGAGAGAGAGAGACCUCGACUGAAGGAUGAUGGAAUCGAAAUGUAUAGAACAAAAAACGGAGCGGAAGCUGGAAGGUGCUAUGAUGAAUAAAAGGUCUUAACAUUGGUGCUCAGGGCUUUGAUGGAGACCUCUCCUGAUAAAGAUACAAGGACUCUUAGCAAGAUUGGUGACCGAGCAACAAGUGAUGUAGUUGUGAGGAUACGUACUGAUGAAGGCAGAGAUGAGUGGUUCUACUGCCACUCUCAUAUUCUAACAGAAAAUAGCAAGUACUUUUCAGAACGCCUCUCUGAAAAUUGGCCCACAUGCCAGAUCUUAGACUCUCGCAACUGUGUUGAGGUGCACUGCCAAGAAUCUGAAUUCAACCAUCAUGUCACAUUCUUGCGCCUCUUGUAUGUCGUUAAAGAUGACCUGGCAACUGACAACUUGCAUGGUGUUAGAAAUGCCAUUGGAAUUCUUCAAGUGGCUUUCGAACUUGGCUGCCAGCGAUUGGUAUUUGCUUGUGUAGGAUACCUGGAGGCAGUCCCCUGGGAGGAGGCCGAGGAGGAGGAGAUUCUAAGAAUAAUACCACGGUUGGGAUCACAAGCUGAAUCCAUUCUUGCCCGUCUCCAACCUGUUGAUCCUGUAGCCAUCAGAAAAAUUUUUAUUUCAUCUCUCCGUUUUGCCACAUCAUCACCUCCGGAAUCCAUGAAUGAUCUCAAAUGCUCAGCCCAAGAGCAACUUGAGUACAUGAUCACUGAGGAUGAUGAUGCUCCUCUGGUGACAGCUGAUGACAAGAUGAAAUCUGAGGUAAUAGAAUGCAUUAGGAGGUUAUUUACCAGAUUUUAUGGUCUUCUGGAAUCAUUUUUACGCGGGCAUGAAGAAUGUAUUCUUGAGGCAGGAAAGAUAAAAACACUACGAUCACAUUUAUCAGAUUUGUCAUGGGCUAGUCAGAUUUUGGUCAAGUUGGAAACAAUGAAGGAAUUUGUUCACAGUUGGGUGGAGGCGUCCGAGAAGAUUGUGAAGGUUGUAGAGAAUGCAAGUCCAGAUGCUGACAUGCUUGAGACUAAAUUGAAGGUUAUUGAGGUGCUAGCAAAGGUUUUAGAGGCAAUUGGAUAUGGUACUGUGAUACUUCCAACAUCAAAGAGGCUUCACAUGGUGAAACUGUGGCUUCCUUUUGUGAGGAGGAUAAAGCCUUUGGUUGAUUCUGUUGUAAAAAAGGACGAUGAUAUGCCACCAUUUACUGUUGAUGGUGAGCUAUGGCAAAGUUUAGAAUCAGCAUUUGUCUCGAUUGUGCUUGCUUUGCCAUCUGGGGACCAGGCAGAGAUUCUGACUGACUGGUUAGGGACAGAACAUAUUCAGUACCCAGAUUUGACUGAGGCUUUUGAGGUAUGGUGUUACAGGUCCAAGGUUGCAAAGAGAAGAUUAGCAUUAUUAGGAAGCACAUGUGGUAUUGCUGACUCCAUGACCCUGUCAUGAUAUGUUUUCCCUUCCAAAGUUUUCCUUGACAUGCAUUUUUGUUUACCAGUGUUGUGAGAGUGGAAGGGCUAGCUCCUGCAGAUCUUUUUCUGCUGACUCAUGGUCAAAUGUAAAUUUUGUGACACAAUAGGUGGUUCAAUGGUAUAAAUUGAAUGAAACAUGUUAAAUUCUGU